CCUGCCUUACCUUUAAUGGAUUUAAGCUUCAAUUUUAAGGCUCUCUUCAAUCCUCCAUCUCUCUUCCCCAAAAUCAUUUCAUCGUUGAGUUCAGAUUUCAGAUUCCAGAUUCCUCAGUUCCAAGCUAUGGCCGAGAAGAUGGUGAUAAUGGUGCUGAAGGUGGACCUUCAGUGCUCCAAAUGCUACAAGAAGGUGAAGAAAGUGCUCUGUAAAUUCCCUCAAAUCCGAGACCAGAUUUAUGAUACUAAGGCUAACACGGUGACAAUUAAGGUGGUCUGCUGCGAUCCUGAGAGGCUCCGGGACAAGUUGUGUUGCAAGGGCUGCGGAUCCAUCAAGAGCAUUGAGAUCAAACCACCACCGAAACCACCGGCACCGGAGAAACCGAAAGAACCCGAAAAGCCGAAAGAGCCCGAAAAACCCAAAGCUCCCGAAAAGCCGAAAGAGCCCGAGAAGCCCAAAGCACCGGAAAAGCCGAAAGAACCCGAGAAGCCCAAAGCACCGGAAAAGCCGAAAGAACCCGAGAAGCCCAAAGCACCGGAAAAGCCGAAAGAACCCGAGAAGCCCAAAGCACCGGAAAAGCCGAAAGAACCCGAGAAGCCUAAAGAGCCCGAGAAGCCGAAAGAACCCGAGAAGCCUAAAGAACCCGAAAAGCCAAAAGAACCAGAGAAACCGGCACCACCACCAGCUCUACCUCCAGCACCGGCCCCAAAGCCUCCGGAACCCAUUCCUCCACCGCCAAUGGCUUAUCCGCCUACGGGAUGCUGUUGCUCGGAAUGUUAUCAUGGGAUUCCAGGGGGACCUUGCUAUUACGGUGGACCACCUCCACCACCAGUGGCAUGUUACGAGAGUUACGGUAGGCCAGUCUACGACAGCUGGGGCGGGUAUAGCAACUGUUACACAAAGAGGCCGGGUGAAUGCUUUAGCGACGAAAACCCAAACGGAUGCUCAAUCAUGUAAUGUAAAAGCGGCACAUGAGUCAAUUUCAUCACUGAUAAUAACGACGUACAUGUGUUGAUUAAUGAGGUGGGUGGUGGACAAUUGUUGGGUUAUAGAAAAA